CAGAGGCCGAGCGGGUGGCUGGUGGUGAUGGGAGGCUGGGCGCUGGGGGGGCCUCGAGGUCGCUUGUCCCUCGGUCGUUCUUGCCGCGCCUCGAGGUCUGUUUCUCUUUUGCAGAAUUAAAGCGAGGGCUCGCCCAAGACUUGAUUUCUUCCCCCAAAUUAGACAGAUACAAACUAGCAAGACAGUUGACGGACAAGGCAGUCAAGUUUACUGAGAGAAGCAUGGCUUCCUUGUGGGCCGGUUCCUUUUUAAACUCCAUUCUCUCCCUCAGGAGAAGAAGAUUUUCUCCAUCUACGGGCACUACCCGGUGGUCCGCGCCGCCCUGCGGAGGAAGGGCUGGGUGGAGAAGCUGCACCUGCUGCCCAGGGUCGGCCCGAACGUUGACGAUGACGAAAACAAACAAGCUGAAGGCAAAGAAAGCCAAGAAGCGGCUCUGGAGAAAACAGAUGACAUCCAUGCUGUGAUGUCCAGGUUGGUGAGGAAUGAAGUGCCCUACUUCCUCUGGACCAUCCGAAGGGACGCCGUUGACCACCACAGCCUGCGCUGCGAGCAGACGCUCAAUCACUACGGCAAGACGGCGUCCUUCACCACCAAGAUCGGGCUGUGCGUGAACAUGCGGAGUCUGCCGUGGUACGUCCAGGCCAACCCCGACUCCUUCUUCCCGCGCUGCUACGGCCUCUGCACCGAGAGCGAGAAGCAGGAGUUCCUGGCACAGGCAGAGGGGCGAGGCCUGGGUGUCCUUUCAGAUGACUUCCGGCGCACGGUGGCCUCCAGCAUCCUAAAGUGGGUGGUUAGCGGCCAGAACCACAGCAGGAGCAAGCCCAGGAGCAGGAGGGAGGAGGCCGGUGACACGGAGCCCGGCAGAGAGCAAGCUCCUGAGGCUGCGGGACCACAGCUCAGGGGCCUCUCGGAGCAGCUCGUGGACGCUGCCUGCAAGGUGUGCGAGGCCUACCUGGGGCGGCUGGAGCACGAGGACAUCGACCUCCCAGAGGACGCCACCAAGGACCUCACGGAGGACGAGUGGAAGGAGCUGACCCGGCAGUACUACGCGCUCGUUCACGGCGAGGCGUUCAUCUCCAAUUCAAGAAGUCACUUUUCGCAGUGCCAGGCUCUGCUCAAUAAAAUCACCUCCGUGAACCCUCAGACGGAGAUUGACGGGCUUCGCAACAUCUGGAUCCUAAAGCCGGCGGCCAAGUCCCGGGGCCGAGACAUAGUGUGCAUGAACCGCGUGGAGGAGAUCCUGGAGCUGGUGGCCGCAGACCGCCUCGAGGCCAGGGAGCACAAGUGGGUGGUGCAGAAGUACAUCGAGACGCCGCUGCUCAUCUACGACACCAAGUUCGACAUCAGGCAGUGGUUCCUGGUCACCGACUGGAACCCCCUGACCAUCUGGUUCUACAAGGAGAGCUACCUGCGCUUUUCAACGCAGCGCUUCUCCCUGGACAACCUGGACAGCGCCAUCCAUCUGUGCAACAACUCCAUCCAGAAGCACCUCAAGAACGACAAGGACCGCAGCCCCCUGCUGCCGUGUCACAACAUGUGGACCAGCACCCGGUUCCAGGAGUACCUGCAGAAGAGGGGCCGCGGGGCCGUGUGGGGCAGCGUCGUCUACCCGUCCAUGAAGAGAGCCAUCGCCAACACCAUGAAGGUGGCCCAGGACCACGUGGAGCCGCGGAAGAACAGCUUCGAGCUGUACGGCGCCGACUUCGUCCUGGGGCGCGACUUCAAGCCCUGGCUGAUCGAGAUCAACUCCAGCCCCACCAUGCACGCGUCCACGCCGGUCACGGCCCAGCUCUGCGCGCAGGUGCAGGAGGACACCCUCAAGGUGGUGGUGGACCGCAGGCUCGACCGCAACUGCGACAUCGGCAACUUCGAGCUCCUGUGGAGACAGCCUGCGGUGGAGCUGCCCCCAGUCCAGGGCUCCGACCUCCUGGUGGAAGGCCUGGCCCUGAGGAAAGCCCAGAAGCAGAUCCCGCCCAUGGCCAACUGUGGUUUUGCCUCUCCGCUCACAAACGUUCAGCCACUGAAAGAGAGGGGCCCCUCAGCCAUGCCAGACCUGGCUCGGGGACCCCCACGAAGGGACUUGAGACUGAAAGACGAGAAGGUGUUUCCUUGCGCCUUCCCUGUGCCCUUGAAGAGGCGGGCAGAGGGAAGCGCUAGGGCGCAGCACGUCUACAGCGAGCCCGGCAGGAAGAUCGAGCUCCCCACAUGGCGUGUCCAGCACCCAGACGAUAAGGCCCCAAGCACUGCGCUCGCCAAGGCCGAACCUGACAAACACUUGGCGCCAAACUUAUCAAACGUGUGCCCCCUGCCAGCAGUGCUUCCGAGAGCGAAGACCAUGGAGAGUGCUCUGUUUCAGCCACCCAGGCCUCCAGGUCGGCUGCUGAGACAUUGGGUUCCACAGGGAAGGCCGGACCAGGCUCCAGGCUGCAGGCUGGGUUCAGAGCUGCUGCACGUGUCUCCUGCUUCUGGGACCAGUGGCUCCCCAGGGCGUUGUCUUCACGAGGCAGAUGGCAUAAGCAUGAGAGGGCAAGCCAGGCCAUGCGGGCACAUGCAAGCUUCUGCUGACAUCACACCCGGCCAUACUCAAGUCAGUGGGGGAGGAGGGGUGGAGUGAGUAUUUUCUGAAUGAUAAUCAAAUAUAUAACAGUCCCGUCUCCUGGUCACCAGCAUCCCCUUCCCUCUGCAAACAAAACACACUCGCCACCCCCGCUCCAGUGGCCUCCGCAGUCACAGGAGCAGGCUCCGUGGCCGAGCUCCCAGGACUGGCCAUCGCUCCUGCUCACCCAGAUAGCUGUGACCCAGACAGACAGGUGACCCGCUCUGGGAUUUGCUCUGCCUUCCUUGCAAGCUGCCGGCUUCGCCACGGCCACUGCGGUGAUGCCGGCCCAGGACUCGGGUCAGAAACAAUCGUCACUUGCCUUAGGAGGCAGCGCAAGGCUCUGCACAGCGGCGUCUGCCCCUCAGGGAUGGUCCCGUGGCCCCGAUGCCUGCUGCACACGGUGAGUUGGCAUCCCGGCUGAGGAGCACUGAGCCUGAGGCGCCCGCCACUUUUCUAGCGAGCGGGAAGCGAGCCUGCUCUUGCCUGGAGGGGAGCAGCACGUCUUCCCCCGGGACGGCUCACGGAAAGCAGGACGCUGAGCAAAGGCCCAGGUCAACGGUGGUCAGGGCCUUGCACUCCCGGCACACACCACAAAGUGCAGAGGGUGCUCAGGGGACCCCAAGAGGGACCGUCCCUUCCAUUAGUGCACCACCUGUCCUGGGUGGCCUCGGCCUCUGGCGGGUCUUCCCCUGCCACUCUGAUCUGGCCCGCGGAGGAUGGCACCAAAUCCAUGCCGUUUGUCUCCUACGCCUUUAAGACGACUGUCAUCAGGUUGGACUUGCAGCGCCACCUCCAGGGCCCUGGACCAGCGCUGUAAAUCCCCAGGCAUCGUCGCCACCAAACUGCCAGGACGGAGCCGGUCUUUCUCUCCUUUCGAGCUCUUGGCUGUGAGCUUCGCUGUGGCUCUUGCCGUCCGAGGGACCCCUCUGUGUGUCUGCAUCUGUGUGUGUGCUGCACGGGCAGUGAGAGUGCAGGACACAGAGCUGCAGUUUGGCUCUGAUGGGCUGGCAGGAUUCGCUGCACCUGCUUCCAGGCUGCAGGUUGGGUUCCAGCCAGAACCAUGCACCCUCAUCCUCAGGCCAGCAGCUACCCGGGGUGAUCUUAUCUCGGCCUGCUUACAGCCACACUGUCCUCGGGUGACAGCAAGAUACCCAGCCGGGCCUGGCCAGCAGCUCGGAAAGUGCCCUCUGCACCAGCAGUUACGCUGGGUCCAGUGCCUUUCCAUAGUAUUUCAGCGUCAGCCUGUUGACCUCCAGAGAAAGGACCAAGGAGACGAGGUGGACGGAGAGAAGGGGGAAGGGGAAAACCUGCCAGGGUUUUCACUGGUUUCGUCUCGGCUCUGCAGAGGGGAGAACUGCCAUCUGAAGUUGAGUUCUUUCAGAUGCCGUCGCAUCAGCUCCAUCUCAUUAGGGCGUCUGAUCGUCUCUCGGUCAUGUAGUUAUGCAGGGUAGAGGCUCUGGCACAUCUUUCACUACAGCUUUAUUUAUUUAUUUUUUUCUGGUUAACUGGUGGGUUUUAAUGCCAUUGUAAAUAAUGUGUCUCUUACACAGUGUUUUUAAGGCACAACCUACAGUCAGGAUGGGCCUCCAGUAGACAGUGUUCACCUGCACAACCGCACCCACAUGGGGCAGGGCACGUUUCUCUCUGGGGAAAGCUCCCGCGCCCCUUGCCCUCUGCCCUCCAGUGUGGGCUUGAAUCAGCGCGGGCUCUGGUGCCCACGUGGACCCUGCAACCGGCCGAGCGCGCGCCCCUCUCCGAGGACCAGGCGCUGGCGCGAGGGCGGGUGCUUCCCUUGCGACGGUCCGACGGAAGCAAGGGGC